CGAACAUUAUACCUUCGUUGCAAUUGCUACGUUUGGAUGAUUGGGCUUUACAGGUUCAAUUGUGUGAGGCCUUCAGACAUCUUGGAUCUUGGACGCAGCCUCACAGCCUUGCUUCGCUUCUCUUCUGGCCCGUAUCCGUUUCCUUGGGUGCAUACACUCGCUCCCAGCGCGAAGGUUACCUACAGCCAGCACAGCUGCUCUAACCACCAACCCACUCAACGAAACUCUCGAGUUCCUAUCAUCAUGAGCUCGCCAUCAACCGUCCGCGCCCUUCGUUCGGCUGUUAGCAAUAUCACGACGCAUUCACCCAUCAAUGCAGCAAAAGCUGGACCAUCGCCGCACCGGUCGCCUGGAACCCCGCAGAGAAUGAUCAGGUUGUUCGCAACUACGGCCGGAAUGAGAUCAAUGCCAUCCAGCCCCGCAACGCUAUUCUCCUACAUCAAAUCCCCAUCUAUGCCAACCAGCCCCACCAAAGUCCCCCUCCGCACUCUCUCCAGUACCACUACCACCACCUCCACGCACCUCACUCACCCCCGUAUCUCUCCCCUCUCCCAGCCAGUCCCAACGCCCUUCCCAAUCGAUCCGGCCCCCUCCACCAGCCUCCCCCGCAUCCUGCACCACCGUCUUUUCCUCGACUACCAAGCAUCCAUAACAUCCAUGUCCAGUCCAAUUUCGUUGUACGCACCAUACACCCCAUCUCCCGAACUCCUCACACCGACUGAAUCACUACCGCCCAAACAUCCCGGACCGUGGGAAGAGUCUAUCGAGACCGACGCUGAGGCGGAGGUGGUGGAGGAGGUGGGUGGAAGGAAGGUGGGAAAACAUGGACAGGUUGGAUUGGGACAGCUUAUGGGUACGUUGUUGGGCGGGGGUAUCAUUAGUGCGAUUUGUGUGGGGCUUGGGGUUGUGGUGGUGGUGGUCAGAAUGAUCGUGGACGGGGUGCUUGGGAGGAGUGCGUUUGUCGUGGAGAAGGAGCCUGUUGAGGAGAGAGCGAAAUGAGAGUAUGACGUUGUGAUGGAACUGGGUGUGAGUAUGUAUGGCUAUGAGUGUUGCUGCUUGAAUUGGGAAAGUAU